AUGGUGAACAGCUCUUGUCAGAAGGACAACUUCUGUGCUAACAGUGCAGAUGGUGGGUCUGGGGAAAAAAAUAGAAGCGGUCUGAAAGGGCGCGACAUGGGGGGGGAGCACAAACAGGCUUCCCCGGUUAGUUCAACGGAGGAGAAAAAAGGGAGCCUUGCUGUCCAGGUCCUGGACACUGGAAAGGAUAAUGCUGAUAAUGGCGAAAGGAAUCACCAGGGGAAGUCCACAGGAGUGUCCAAGGAGGGGCCAAGUGGUGUGGCGGAUGAAAAAACGGACAAGACGCAGGACGAGAAGGAGAGUGGGAAGCACAGAGGCCAUUUAAGCGAUGCGCCAAUCGGAUCGUCAGCCGACAUGGCAAGGGACAUGCCAACCGACGAAGUCUGCGUGAAGAGAAUUAUAAACGUAGAAAUGACCGAAGAAAUAAAAAGCUUCAUUGAGACGUUCCAAAAAAGCAGGGAUGAUAUCAUAGACUGGUGCAACAAAAACAGGGAACUCUAUGCCAGUAAAACAAACAACAAGACGGCCAACUUGUUUUUCCAGAAAACGAAAAACAUCCAUCUUCUCCUGAAUGAGGAAAGCAUCAACAUUGACACUCUGAAUAUCCUCCUCUAUUUUUACAACUUGUAUUGUACCCACAACAACAUGGAGAAAAUCAGCGCGCAUAGUGUUAUGUGCAGUUCCUACAUAACCUAUAGAGGUAUAUAUGAAAACAUAAACGAGAACAGCAACUCCUUCAAGAAUCUGCUGAAGGAGGAGAAGGCGUACAAUAAGUUGAUAGGAAAGACCAACAACAUAAAUGACUUUUUCUCGAAUUACAAGAAGACAUACCCGUACGGCAUAAAUUUAAUCCUUGGCAUAUUCCUCACCUUCCUGAGUGGGUACUACGGGAGCCUCUUGUUGGGGUUCACCAAGUUUACGACGAGAUUGAUAUGCGGAAUUGUCUUCUCCUACCUCACCCUCAUCCUGGAAGUUAUCAUUUUUAUAAUUAUUAACGAGAAGGUGGAAAAUCUCAAGAGGAGUCAGAAGAGCGCGGGCAGCAACUACGCUUUGUACCAGAAGGUGUAUAUUAAGAAGGAGUCUGGUGGCAAGGGCGAGGUGGACGCACUGGGGGAAGCCGAGUUGGCUGUCCAGGGAGAGGUUCAAGAAAUGAAAAGAGUGGUCGAUAAGCACCCCACGCUGAAGCAGCGCCGGAAGGUUUAG